AUGAAAGCACUCUGCAUGAGUUUGAUUAUCAUACUGUAUGCAAGCAGCGAGUCUUCAAGCAACGAAGAGGCCAAGAAAAUGGAUCGUACUAGACUGAACAGAAAUGCGGGAAAUUAUCUUACAGGAGAAAUGGGAUUAAAAGCGACCCCUUGCACCGUUCUCUCGGACGGGGCCCGAUAUUUAAUAUCUGCACUAUAUUUGUGGCAAAUCAGCAGUGGUUUUGGAACAUACGGUGAUACAGCACUACUCUGGGAAACUUUUCCGAAGAAUCAGUACUUUCCCAGGUCCGUUAAAAUACUUUUGAAAAGAUAUCGAGAGGACAUAACAAAGUGGUUGGAAGGUCAUAACACAGUUCAAUUUGGUUGUGAUGGUAGGCGCAAUCGGCAUCACCCUGGAAUAAAUGGAACCAUAGCCUGUGUUGUGUACAUGUCAGAAAACUGCAAGCAUCCAAACUUAGAUGUCAGUAAAUCCAAAAAAUCCGAUUUUGGUAGGAAGUUCCAAGAUCAUCUCAACUUCACCGGAAUCCCAAAAGGGGGUGACACCGUUGUUUCUGCUCCCGCCUAG